AUGGCAGACACCGAUCCAAAAGUCGUCUUGGUGACCGGUGGGUCCGGUCUCGUUGGCCAUGGAAUCCGUCUCGCUCUCGAGUCGCAUGGAUUAAAGCAAUCCAAUGAGACCUGGAUUUUCGCCUCUUCCAAGGACGUUGACCUCUGCAAUUGGGACAAAACGCUAGCAUACUUCCAGAAGACGCGUCCGACGCAUGUAGUGCACUUGGCGGCGAAGGUUGGCGGUCUGUUUGCGAAUAUGAGUGACAAUCUGGGCUUCUUUGUAAGUCUUGUCUCGGUGGUUGCCUGUUUUCUGUGCGUUCUGAGUCUGCCCAGUUGCUUUUUUUUAGCGACAAUGGAACUUUUUUCUGACCUUUAAAUUUUUAUUUUACCCACUUCAGAGGACUAAUAUGCAAAUAAAUGAUAAUGUGCUGGAAGCGAGUGCCAAGACUGGCGUCAAAAAGGUCAUCUCAUGUCUCUCGACCUGCAUUUUUCCCGACAAGACCACGUACCCCAUUGACGAGACGAUGGUACACAAUGGUCCCCCGCAUUCCUCCAACUAUGGUUACGCCUACGCAAAAAGAAUGAUUGACGUUAUGAACCAGUAAGUCCUUCUUUCCAUCUCAUGGUUUUUUUCAUAAAGACAUGGGUAAAAUAUGUGCAAACACUGCUUAGUAGAUUUUUUUCAUAGUGUGAGGCGUUCUGGUGAUACACCAUGUUCGUUUCUGAUGCCUCAUCAACCCCUAUGCGUUCAGCGGAUCAACAUCUGGGGUCCCCCAUAGCCAGGCUGAUACUUUCCCUUUCCCCCUUUCACCAGCAAGAUCAAUCAUAAUGACCCUGAUAUUUGUUUGACUGUCCCUUAACCGCCCUCAGGGGUCGGUGAACAAGGAAGGACAAAGUUGUUUUCACCAUAAUUCAACUAAUUAAUCACCAUCCGGGUCCUAGACGAGAUACACUUUUUUCUAAUAGAGUGAAACGUCUGCUUUCCUCAUUUCUCUGCGGCGUGCAAUCAGGUCAAGAAAACGGUUCUCCUCAAGACCCCAGGGGCUGAAUCUGGUCCUAAAAUUAUUGAACAUUCGGGGAAAGGUGCCAUCGCUUCUCCUGGCAGGAUUAACACGAUUUUGGUAACAGCAGAUAGGGCGAAACAUCCCAGCGCGUCCCCGUGUCCGCAUUGCUCUGUGGAAAAGCGUUCUGCAGCAGAUCCAGUUCGACCUUUGCCAUGUAGUCACCAAGUCUCGGAAGUUGGAUUCAAGAUCGUUUGCUUCGGAAAUCAGGCGACUGUCUAGUGGCAUCAUAUCUGAGGACAUUUCCCGUCUGCGGCGGCGGUGGCGAGACGUUCGGGCCGGUCGGCAGCCCUGUUCCCCGACUCCUCCACGCUACCUGCAGGACAAGCGUCACAUACAAUUUAGACAGCAUGUUUUGUCACCUUCAAAAACACCGUUGGUUUCAUCGCUGGAUUAAAUGCAUGAGAGUUAGUUUAGAGCAUAUCAUCCCGCCGUCUUACUGCGGACUUGCCAAAACUCACUUCUUUCCGGAAGUGUCGCCUCCAGAGUACCCUUGCUAGACCACAUCCCGAUAAUUAAACUUAACUGCUAAUCGGAGAUACCUGCUACGAAAGGUCGACAUCGUAGUCGCGUUCGGUUGCGCCCUCUGUCGACCCGGAGGUAGUGUGCAUUCCUUCGUCCAAAUGCUCACCAUUACCACCGUGGGCAAGUAAACAAAUAGACGGACAUGGCGAAUGUGGCGGAUCCGAGAGUAUUCGGUGCUCGAGUUGUGAGCGUCAACUGAACAGGCGUCGCCUCGAGUGCACUGUCUCGUAAUGUCGUGAGCGCUGGGACAGCCUGCUUAUAGCCUCCACACCUAAAAAUGGCCCAUCAAUAGUGCAAAUCUGCGUUUGUACUCUCGCAGUGUGGAGAGUGACCAUCAAUAGGGCAAAUCUUUGUUUGUACUACUACGAGUGUUGCUGGACACCGCGCACCAGAGUGGGGAGUGGCCCACUAGUGAACAGGUGAAAGUCGACGAAGUGGAUUGGCGUAGCCUGUGGUUUAUCUCUACAUUAAUGGGACGCCAAUUCGGACAUUAAAGGGGACCUUAGAAUGGAGCCGCCGAUCUUCCGAUUUCCGGCUGGGUACUCAGCUGUUGAACUGUAAUCAGUGCUUUCCCGACUCCGCAAAUUAUCGACGUCCUCUAGUACCUGACUCGCAAGAAGGCCUCAUUGCGGUCCGAAUUACUGCUAAAAGUGCGUCACUAGAAACGUUUCAGUGGUAAAAUUACCGGUUAUACCUGGUUUGUCUGUCGCUGAAAUUGCCUAAAAAACCAAUUCACUGGUCGUAAACAAACAUACUGCCAGCUGGGCGUUUAAUUGAGGUUAGGCAGGACGACGCACGGACGAAAACAGCCGGCGAGCGGAUAAAAGCCGUCUUUUAGUGAACCGUUAAGACAUUAUCUCAUGUGCGUACUAGAGAUGCCAGCGCGGGUUCGCUUUUUUGUGAAGUAUGCAUUGUUGGCUAGCUUUGCCCACUGCAUCCGGAAGGGAAUCCGCACUGCGUAAAUUUUUACUAUUUCGAAUUUAAAGCCUUCUCUCACUCACCUCUUUUUCGACUGAACUGUACUUAAAUAUUCUUGAGUUGGAAUGGAGUUCUGAAUGUGUCCAGUAUACAGUUGGUGUCUAGUCGUGGUCUCAAACGUCGGCCAGGAGAGGUUAAUCCAUUAUGAGGGAAAGUUGCUUAACCCAUUUGAGGAUUACUGAUGAGGGUUCGUGACUGUGGCAUGGCUGUCUGAUCGCCUCCUGUUAGCGUAGUCUAUUAUAUAUAAACAGCUGAAAGUAUAGCAGAGCGAUUAUCUGCAUAGGUGCGGGUAGACGAGCACGGGGCCGUUUUGAACUUAUUCUAUGUUCAUUUAGCCAGCCAUAAUUCCAACUGUCGCUUAAAAACAGCAGACAGAAACAUGUGCACGCAUAGGGCGCAGAUGAUCCACAGAUGGGUCAUAAGCACUGCAUCGAGGCGAGAUUCGCCUGUGCCUCGUUGCAGACCAGGUAUUUAUUAGUACGGUAACGUGCUACCCGAAGUAGGCGCACUCCACAUGGGUGACAGAGGUCAUGGACAGGCAGCCACUGUCCCGCAUGUGAGAUCUGAGCCGUCUGGUACAUGUAAUGGAAACCAGGUCGUGUGUGGCACGCGUAGACGGGCUGUUUAACUCUGUCAGCCACUGCGACCACGCCUGCCUCCGGUCGUUUUGACAUUGUCUUGCCAUCGGAGCAAGGUGAGUGGGGGGGGGUAGGAGAGAGUACGGUAGAUGCCCUGGAAGUCUGCCUUACUGUAAACUAGUCCGCGUGCAACCCACCGCGUGCCACGGAGUGAGUACGUUGAACUGGGAAGAAGAAACCCGAAACGCCUGAAAAGUCAAGUUGCCAAACACGUGUUGUCAGUAAUUCAUCACCAGACCCAUGCUGCUACGUUGAAAUUAAAAAUAUGAGACGAACACCAGCACCAGCAAACUUUUCUAAAGACCUAUGCGAACGGUUGCUAGCCACAGCCGAGGCGGUGGCUAUAUGGCUGGCGAAUCCAGUACUAUGUCAGAAAACGUUGACACAGGCGCUCUGUUUUCCCUGGCCAACGCCGCCCUAACUCCUGAUGACCGUGACACGUUCCCCAUGUAUCCUACUUACAAGUAUCACUCUCAACCUAUGUCCCAGUGUCUAGAACACGCCAACCUCGUCAUGCGGAUAGCGUGAGACACUUAUAAACCCCCAUGAAUGUCUCCUGUUUUCAAUUUUUUGUGUGACUGUAUGGGCCUGAUGAGGAAUUGCCCGAAACAUGCGUUUGACAGCUUGACUUUUCAAGUGUAGCAUAGGAAUAUUCGCUGAAUUUAAACCCGGAACAGUUAUAUAGCAGGCUAUCUACGUCGCUGUCAUCACCCCACCUGCUGUCAUAGCUUGGCCGAGUUGGACCAGGCCAGUGGUUACCUACUCGUGACCUCUGCAACUCUUUCGGAACGCACCAGAAAGAACCGGAGUUCGGACCCAGGCUCUUUAGUCAGUAAGUGAAACGCACUACCGUCCAUCCAUCCAUCUGAAAGCAGACUUUCUGUCUCUGGUCUGAGGCACCUUUAAGGACUUCGUUCAGUGCUCUUCUGUACAUACACUACAGACGGGUUUGACGGGGGGUGGCUUAAUUUUAUUCGCUUCUUUUUUUCUAUCACAGUGCUUACAGUGAGAAGCAUGGCACAGUCUUCACCUCGGUGAUCCCCACCAAUGUCUUCGGUCCACACGAUAACUUCAACCUGCAGGUCGGUCAUGUACUGCCCGCCCUCAUACACAAGGCUUAUCUGGCUAAAAGUGAGUACUUUGGACAGUAGGCGAAAGUAGCGCAUGUUCUCCCCUACCUGCUGUUACCUAAUGCGCCUUUAUGCGCCCCCCCCCCCUGCAGAGUCUGAUCAGCCACUUGUUGUCCUGGGCUCUGGCACACCCCUUCGUCAGUUCAUCUACUCAGUCGACCUGGGCCGUCUCUUCAUCUGGGUCCUCAGACACUACAAUGAUCCAGACCCCAUUAUCCUCUCGGUUCCAGAGGCCGACGAAGUUUCUAUUAAGCACGCCGCUGAGGUUAUUGCCAGCGCAAUGGGCUGCAAGGGCCUCACUGUAUCCUUUUUUCGCUUGGGCGGUUUUUUUCGACCUGAUUUUGUUUUGAGGCUUGUUUCCUCCUCUCAGGCAACCUCAUCCGCAGUGUCACGUUCUGUCAAAAUUUGAGGAUACCAGGGUCACCAACGGUAUUUUCUAAGUCUCGGAUCGAAACUCUGGAUCGUAUGGUGUAUCGUCAAAGUCGGUGGAGAGAGCUGCCACGUCCAUCCCCACAUCUCGAGCAAGAAAUGGUUCUAAGAUGAAGCGUUGCCUAUGCGUGGUGACAACCCUAAUGUGCUUGUACAGGACGCUUUGUGGGUUGGAACCUUAUGGAGCUUCUGACCCUUAUUAUUUUGAGACGGUUGUGGCUCAUGUUGCAUUUGACGAAUGAACUACAGUAGAUGUGCUAACUCAUGAAAUGUUAACCGAAAUUGCGGAAUGCGUUUUCGGCUCGAAAAAGAUUAAUUAAGUAGGGUUUUAAUAUUAACCAUUAUGCAGCACAAUCCCAUGGUAAUUCAGUUACUCCCGGGUUGCCGGCUUUUAAACAAACUUCUUUACGGCCGCCUGCAAAAACUACGCACUGUAAAAUAAGACUACUUAAAUAGUAUGCAUAUUUUUCUCAUUGAUUUCCAGUACCCUUAUAAAAUCAAGUAUUUUUCACAGAAAAUAUGCAUAAAAAUAUUCAUUUUCUGCUCAUUUUGCAGUAAAUUACGUCUGUAAAUGUUGUACUGGAAGGAAGGCUAUAAUUCGCUUUUGAAAAGUUUUUAAUUAUGUGAUUUUUUAAGACCAUGAAGUGUCCGAGAGACAUCGUGUUUGAAUUUACUAGUGUUGCGUAUAAAGUUUACGAUAUGACUCAAAGAAACUGCUUAAUCUUACGAACCCCAUAUGGUUUCCUCUUAAUGCCAUAGAGAAAUGCAUGAGUUUACGUACACGGAAAACAUACAGUUUGUAGUUUGAAAACCCUGAAUGCAAGUGUAACGCAGGUUGUUUUCAAAAUUACUCAGGAAUUAGAAAAGUUUUUUAGAACCGAGUUAUACCCUUCCUUCUAGCAUAAAAUUUAAAAAGGGCGUAAUUUUCUACAAAAUGAGUGCAUAUUUUCCGUGAAAAAUAUUUGAAUUUAUAAAGGCGCCGGAAAUCAGAGAGAAAAAUUCAUACUAUUUAAGCAGUCAUUUUUUACAGUGCGCAGUUUUUGCAGGCGGCCGGAAUGAAGUUCGUUUAAAAGCCGGCAUCCUGAAGUAACUGAAUUACCAUGCGCUUAUGUUGCAUGAUGGUUAGAAUUAAAACCCUACCUAAUUAAUCUUUUCGGGCCGAAAAUGCAUUUUACAAUCUCGGUCAACAUUCAAUGAGUUGGCACAGCUACUGUGGGCUAUCAAAAAAGCACAAUCAGAUGAAGCGUUCUUCAAAAGAAAAUUUGAUUGAGGUGAUCUUUAAACUUUGUUGUACCGCUUAGUAAGAAACGCAACUGCGACCUGUUGUCUGACCAUAAGGACUAGUAAACAAAGGUCCGGAAUUAUCUUCGUGGGAACUGUAUCGCAAACCGAUUGAUCGAGCAUAUAUACGGGGUGCUCUAAUAAAACUAGACAUUCUAAUGUAAGAGGAGGGACUUUUCUUUGCGGGCCACCAUUUCAUGGCAGCGAAUGGAGCCAUUUCGCGAAGGAACAUCUAAACCAGGCCUUUUCACAGAUUCCGAAAUAUGACCGCUGGAAUCUACUAAUUUGGUUCUUUGCUUCCAUCUAGGAGAGCUUUCGUGUGCAACUCUUCCAUCUUUUCUCGGGAUAGGUUGCUUGUCCCGAAUUAGUCGUAUUUUCCCACCCCAACUGUCUCCAGACUGUUGACUCGAAUGUAAACUCGAUAGACAAUUUUGUCAGCACGUGAUCGCAACUGUCUUCAAAGAACCUCACUGAGUAGAUGCGAGCUCACGGAAAUAGUGCGGUGUGGUAUUGCCGACAAAGACAAGGGAGACUGGAAUGGCCAUUUCUGACUUAUUAGCUGUCGUCAGUCAGUCGUAUCCAACACCGAAGUGUGGAACACCCGAGGCUCGAACUCGCGACCUGUUAGUUAGAAGUCCACGCCUCUAACUACUGGGCCACGGCCCGUUGCCCUAUCGGUUUCAAUCGGCAAUAUACAAUGGUAGGCAGCGCUCACCGAUCGUUAUUACGGAAGUCGCUCGUCAGCCAGUCAUAGUGCGGUAUUCCUGAUCUGCACAGUAAGCAAACUGAUAAGGGAAGGUGGUAGAGGACGCCCACUGGUGGUCGCGCCACGGGACUUUACACGCCUCGUUGUGCCGGGAACUCGAUCCCGUAGGCACGCGUCCAGCCAUUUCUGCCUCGUAAGCCGCCAUCCUGAGGUUCGAGCCCGCGUUCCGUUGGUUAGCAGCGCCAGGGGGUAUACUGGUUGUCAUAGGUUUCACUUAUCAAUAUAGGCUAUCCAUCCCAGCAGAGGAACUAACAGGCAGAUGUGGACGCGGAUGCGAGAACGCCAGCUGGCGGUGCGAAGGAUGAAUCCCAACUAGCAGGUGGGGCGACUUGUGUGUCCCACACGGGUCACGAUUUCAGCUUGGACGAGACCGGGUUGGUAGGUCAGGGGGACAACCACGCGGCCGGACAACUGCAAGGACCGACGCCUGACCAGCCGUCCACAUCGACCUGCCUGCAGCAUACAAGGCUUUGCGCCAAUAGCUGUCUAGUUGCAGGCGAGGAAUUCCGCUGUCUGACAUCACAGAGAGCAAGAGUCGGCCGCAUUGAUGUUUCACAAAUAUCUAAAUGUCACCUAGCUGUUUUAACAGUAGUGGUCAGACCUCAACGAUCCAGUGUUUUGCCGGUCGCCCAGUUGGCGCAUGACAUCUCUGGUCCUCUGCUUAUUCAAAUGCUCAGCGGUUCAAACUAACGGUCUUCCUAUUGCCUGCCACCACCUUGUGUUGAAGUCUGUCUCAUUUUAUGUCAGUUCUUCCUAUCUACCCGGUUUCUUUCCAUGACUGGUGCUGAUACGCGUCUCCACAGUUUGAUUCCUCGAAAGCGGACGGCCAGUUCAAGAAGACUGCAACCCCAGCAAAGCUGAUGGCCCUGAAUCCGGGUUUCCAGUUUACACCGUUCGACAAAGGUACGGCUACGUCAUCCCCCACAGUUUUACCUUUGCAUUGGCCUUUAUUUCCUUCCUUAAAAGAUUUUUUGGAAUGAGUUUCUCGAAACCUUGCUGAAAAUUUGGCAUUACCCUGCCAGUACGAGGUUAUUCAGUAGUUUCUACGCUUUUUUAUAUCAUUGUGAACAGAAUUUUGGAAAGAUCUAAUGUCGAUGCCAGGCUUAUUGCGAUGACUGGGGAUCUUUUGCCGACAUGACGGACUAUCCAUCAGUGGUGAUAAUUCGUGUUAGACCGAAUGACAGUGGGAGCCAGGAAUUCAACCGCCGAUUAGGAUAGUUAGCGUUGUUAAACGACUCAUUUCCCAUUUUCUUCAGCCCUUGCUAGGGCAGAUGAGGACUUUGGUGCCGAUUCUUCUCUUCAUAUUUAUAAACAAUGAGUGAAACGGAGCAAUAAAUGUGGCCUUCGUUGGCCCGCAGCUGAAAUAUGGCGAGGAAGGCCGUCUGACUGAACGACUUGUGGCGGAUGACAGACAAAGUGAAAAAUUUGCUGGUCACAACGGACCCGUUUCCGUGUUUAAAUAAGUUAAAGACUGUGGGACGCUCAUAUUUUGCGGUUGGUGAAAUUUUUGGUAGGGCGGCGGACCACUUGGGGAGGUCUCGCUCAAUAAACUGCUAGCUCGGACGGUAACUGUCCUUGUGCGGUGAGAGGAGGACGGCAGACUUGCGAAGCACCUACCGCACCUUCUCCCCCUCCCCCUCCAACCCAGAUCCAGGGUCAAGACCAGAGGCGGAGAAAGCGCAGCUGACUGGCAUGGCGUGAACCCGCACCUAGGCGUACCACCACACACACCCCCUGUCAACAACAUACACUUGACCAGAAUUUUAACCAACAGCAAGAAUGGGUGCGCCAGGGACCCCAAUUGGUGCGACGUGAGCCGGCAACUGGGCGUGCCGCUCUACCUCCAAUGUUGGCAUUUGUUAUGGGCACGCAUUCCUGGUAACGCUUGCCUGACUCUGAUAUAGCCCCCGUGUCGGUCUAAUCGGGUAGCCCGAUUUCGGGACACGCACACAACUGCGAAACGGUCGUCGAGGCAAUUUCUGUUGGCGUUCUCAGAGGACGAGAAACAUUUUUUUUUUGGUUCAGAGGGCUUCUGCAGCUGGUGUGCACGGCGACGCGGGGUUAUACUUAACUAUGAGGUACUACUUCGCUGGCGGCGACUUCGAACACACACACACAUUCGCUCGCGAUGUCACCUGUCAUCACCAGUUUGACGCAGUAGCUCGUGCUGUGAUAGAGGCUUAUGAUCGUUUCCGACAUUAUCAGCCAUUCAGGACCGGGGAGCACUUAAUGUUUGCACCCCGAAUCAGUCGAUCAUCCAGCAUUGAGGUCAGGCGCUCUACCACCUAGGCCACCGGCGCACGCCGUCUUAGAUAUGGUCGGCAGUAUCCAAGGUCGAACGCAAGCGAUGUCUCGCCGAUGCGAUUGCGACGGUGGGACACAUUCUUCCAAUUUGACCUUGGCCUCAAGCGUAGGCCUCGCAUAGGAACAAGUAACUUUCGAAGACAAGGGAAGAUUGAACUGACCUUGAGCCAACCAAUGAGAGCCGUGAAGAGAAAGCACUUUAUUGGCUGGUCAUUAGUUUCUCAUUCGUUAACUUACACCGUCUUGCUCAAUCAGCUGCGGGCAGCUGCAUCGGGAGAGCCCUGUUGUUAUUUUUACACGGUAGCAGAUGGAAACUACGUCUGCGCUUUAGGAAGGAGGAAUUGAGAAGAAAGGAAAAGACUGGUCGAGCACCUGAACCAUUUUUUUAUUUGCCUGAGCUUUCGGACUUGUACAAGAGUCCAUCGUCAGAGAUGGCAGCAGCAAUAGAACAAGCGACAGUUAUAGGGGGUUUUAGCCAAUCAGCGUUCAGUUACGAAGGUCAUGAAUUGACAAUGCAGGGCUACCUAUGCUGGCGCCAGAUCGAUACUUCGAUUGGCUAGAUCGCAGUUGGUAGCCAGGCCCCGCAUUACAGGUGGCUGGGGGGUUUGUUUACUGGGGCUAUUUUGUGGGGCUCCAUAAUCACAUCUGACUCAUUUGGCUUCCGUUUUACGUUUGAGGUUAGGAUUAGGGUACCCGUUAAUUGUUUCCGAUUUUCGGGUUAGGGUUAUGCCUUUAGGCUUAGGUUUUCGGGUUACGGUUAGGGUUUGAGCGUACGAAUAGGUUUCAGUAUUACGGUUAGGUAUCUCAGUUACGACUAUUCCUUGGCACUACGGUUACGUUUACGAUUUCGGUUAGGGUUAGGGUUGCCUUUAGGGUUAACGGUUACCGUUGAAGGUUGAGGUUAGGGUUAGGGUUAAGGUUAGGACUAGGGUUAAGGUCGCCGUCCGCUUCCCCAUUCCUGGCUACCAACUGCGAUCUAACCCAUCGAUUGGCUGAGUUCUCAUCUGAGGUCCAGGCUUCCAAAUGGAAAAUCAGCAAUGAUCAUCCACGCGCCCUAAGUCCAACUCGAGGAGAAGAAAAACCAGGCGACUUGUCUAAAAAUUUGUAAGGCCGUAUCAUCGGGUUUCUGGAAACUACUUUUACGGAAGCCAGGCCUCCUACAUCCACCGGGGGAUCAAUGAAUGGAAGGAACUACGGCGUAGUGGGCUAGUUGGGAGACAUUCGGUCGGGCGACGAUUGCAUACUCUCAGGCAGCGAGUCUAAAUCAGGUUGAUCCUAGCGACCUCUUUCCAGUUACCCGGCUCAACUGGACAUUUUGUCAAAGUAAUGCAACAAUAGAACGGGCGUUUACCCUCCUUCACUGGGUUAAAAGCAGUUUUUACCCUAGUCAGGAGGAACUGAAGAAUUGAGCAGGCUUUGAGCUAACCGACGAGAACCGCAAAGAGGAAGCACUUUGCUGGUUGGCCAUUAGCUUCUCUGUCCUGACAAUAACCGCCCGGUUUUUUUUCAGCUUUGCUCACUUCAAUCUCCUAGCAACAUGAUUUGCCUUCCGGCGUCUAGAAUUUUGUGAAACGCCCGUUCCACAUACAUUUUUUGUACCGAAAAAGGUGCUGUACAUUUGAAAAGUCGCAUUUCAUUCAUCGUAGCGCGGAAGUCAUUCUGCUGAACCUAUAAUAUGUCUUGUUUUGCCUUUCGCAGCUGUCAAGGAGACUUGUGAAUGGUUCAAGGACAACUUCGCCACUUGCAGACGAUGA